CGGUUAAACUGCUCCAGCUUUUUAUUUUAAAUAAAUAAAACCACGUCUGUUUAUACUUUUUACAUUUCGAAAUUCUGUCUCAUACAAAAAGCGGACAUUCUUAGUAAGGGUUUAACUCAUGGUGUUUGCUUAGUAGACAUUGUUCUUGUUAGGUAUAAUACAGUUUAACCAAAAAGAGUAAAAUGGCCUCGGACGAGCUUUCGGCCAAACUGACCCGACGGUUAAAGAUUGAGGAGGGGGUCCAGGAGCCACAGGCUACGGAUUUACAUCACCAAAACGGAGCUGAGGAUAAAGCUGCUACCGCCAACGCCGACUCAGAGCUGGGAGCCAAGCUGCAGCGGCGAGGCGAGCUCAACGAAGGGGUUGGAGAGCACCAUCAACCCAGCAUGAAGGUGUUCAACCCCUACACCGAGUUCAAGGAGUUCUCCAGGAAGCAGAUCAAGGACAUGGAGAAAAUGUUCAAUCUGUAUGACUCUGAGAAAGAUAACUUCAUUGAUAUGAUGGAGCUAAAGCUGAUGAUGGAAAAGCUGGGGGCGCCGCAGACUCACCUGGGCCUUAAAAACAUGAUUAAAGAGGUCGAUGAGGACUUGGAUGGCAAACUUUGCUUCAGAGAGUUUCUCCUGAUCUUCAGAAAAGCUGCAGCAGGGGAGCUGGCUGAGGACAGCGGACUGAGUGCACUGGCACGUCUCUCUGAAAUCGAUGUGUCCACAGAGGGAGUAAAAGGAGCAAAGACCUUCUUCGAAGCCAAAGUCCACGCUAUUAAUGAGUCGAAUCGUUUCGAGGCGGAGAUUCGUCACGAGCAGGAGGAGAAGAAAAAACAGGCAGAAGAAAAGAAACAAAGACAAGCAGCAUUUAAAGAGCUCAAGUCUGCCUUCAAAUGACCUCCUUUCUGUCCUGUUGGAGCCUUGUUUUAAACCAUCCUUAUCAUCUUUCCUCUCCCCUUUUAGGUGUUUUCUGACUGUAUUUAUUAGUUAAACAGAGCGGAUACUAUGCAAUGCUUUUAGAGGUGUUCAUUUAGAAUUCAUGCAUUUACCUAGUUUAUAUGGUGUUAAUAUGACUACUUGAAUCUUUACUGGUCAUUCCGAUUAAUUGUAUGUCUGCUCUGGACUGGAUGUGCCUAUUUACUCAUUUGAUUUACAUUCCUAUAAUAAUUUGAGUGUGUGACAUUGCUUUCUCGAUUUAACUUCAGUGGUGCAGUGUUUUAAUCAAGCAAGUAUAUGCAAUUAUAAAGUGUUUUGAAUUGAUUUUAUAAAUAAUUUUAUAAAAAAUUUAGGUUUUGGCACAUUCAGUUCAUUGUUAAAGCAGUUUCAUGCCUUAUGUAAAUGAAUGAUUAGUUCCUUGUUAACCAGGUUAGCACAGGCAGAUGUGCUCAAAUGUUAUAUGAGAGCUUAAAAGAGUUCUGUGUUUUAACACUGUGGCAGGAAGGGAGGGGAAAUGUGCAUGUUUCAUGACUGUGUUUCUAGUGAGUGGUUGGCUGUUUUUUGCAUGGUCACUGUGAUGCCCUGACACUGACAUUAAGUUGGUUUUAUAUUCUACCAACCUAAUGCCAGUUGCCCUGACAAUCUUUGCCAGUUACUUUAACCGACAAGACAAAUUUAAAGUUCAACAUAAACACCACAGGCAUAACCAGUGUGUCAUCAUAAAUCCAGGUUUGGAAGUCUGUAGCUAACAGUUCAUUACAAGUGCUAACUAAGCAUUGUAGCCAUAAUUAGUCUAAUAGAAAUGCAUUUGGUAGACCUGUAUUAAAGUUCUUUUUUAAUACUUGGACAUGAUGCAAAAUUAUACAAUUAUUUCUGUCCAAAAUUACAAUUCGCACACAUUCACAUUUGCUAAAUGUAACAUGCACCUCUGAUUAAAAUGCACUUUUUUCUUUUAAAAAAAACCUCACGUAUGCACUGAAGGAGUUAAAAACUCACUACAACACAACUGCAUGUAUAAGGAACUUGUGUGUGGACUGUAAACACAUUUGUAACUGUGGUUUGGUUAAAUCCGGCACUAGCAUAAAAAUUCUGUUCAUUAGUUCUCUGCAACCCAUUUUAACAAACAGUACUUGCACUCUAACAUUGUGUUGAGAGAACAAUAAAUGCUUUGUUGGUUGUGCAUGGCAUGCAGCAUCAAACAUGUAACUUUGUUUUUAAAUAAAAAGAUUCAUCCUACAAAAAUGUUGAGUUAAAACAGGAAACAUCUUACAGCCAAUUGCCUUUAAGGCUUUAGUUGGGUUUGUAAUUUGCAGCACAUUUAGCACAAGUGUGAGGUGUUCAAAGAAUACAUAUUUUUUUUUUCCAUAAAAUGAAGCAGAGUUUAGUUUUCUAUGGUGUUGGGCCUUGUGAAAUGAAAACCUACUAUUUUCUUAAAUUGAAUGCCAUUAUCUGCAAACCUGUCUUGUCAUUGUAAUCAGCUGUUUGACAUGGUGUUAUUAAAUGUGAUCAUUUAUGUAUCUUUAUUUUUUAUGAUAACUGUCUGGACUUUUGCUAUGCAGUGUUGUAUUCUUAACAUUUUAAGAAAAUACAUUUUAGUCACUGGCAACCUGUGUAAUUAUUUGUAUUGUGAAAACAGUGCAUGAAUCAUUUUCACAGUUCUAAGCAUUCGCAUUGUCUACUAUGUAUUUUAGAAUAAUUUCAGAGUAAGCAGGUGUUCUACUGAUUAAAUGUGGGUAUUAAGUGUAUAAGGUAUAAUGUUUAUACUUUUACUGUUAUAGAGCUUUAAUUAACAGUCUUGAAUAAACGAGGAGCAGAAAUGUGGUGGUUUACAACCGA